GGCAUCCUUUGGCACUCCACACCUGGCACCGCCAUGGUCUUCGAGCGAGUAGACGUCACAGCAUUCUCUCCAGUGGACCGACGCAUUUUGGUGCCGGUGCCACCUCCGCCCGUCUUCCUGGCCUGCUUGGCUUCAGCGGCCUUUUUGAAGUUCACCCGGAGUCCUCUCACUUUGCUGCCGCGCUUGGUGCCUCCAAGCAUGCAGCUGGCACUCCGGGGCUCCGGUGCUUUGGGCGCCGCGCUGGGCGUUUGGUACUCCUAUAAGGCGAUGUACCACGUACUGGCACAGCAUUCUCCUGUGGCCCAUGGACACCAGGUUCAAACCUUGGUCGUCGAUGGUCCAUACGGACAAUGCAGGCAUCCCAUGUACGUGGGCAUGUUGGGCACCAUGAUGGGCUUGGGCAUCAUGCAGAACACCUGGUGGGUGGGCAUCAUGUCUGUCCCGUUCAUGGCAUACGUCGGCGGCUACAUUGUGCCCUUCGAAGAGAAGUACCUGGCCAAGGAAUUCCCCGAGGAGUGGCAAGACUACGCUGCCAAUGUGAAGCGCUAUGGCAUCCUGUAAAAGAAGCCAAUUCAAAGGUCUGUCUACGUCAAGUCGUACGAACCCACACGAGUCGAGUCGCGCGCCCCGUUUCGUGGCGAACGGAGCUCCCCGCGGAGCUCCCCGCGGCGGAUGCACGCGCUCCGCGGAGCCGGUGCACGCGGGGGCGGCGCAGUUCACCGCGCCGGGCGGCGAAGAGAGGUCACACCGUGCUGCGAAGGUC